AUGUCGGUGGAGAUUAGAAUCCCUUUUCCGAAAGACAGGGAUUUUGUCCUCGCCUAUGAAUGUCAAGGCACUACUCUUGAUAGCACCAGAGCCAACACACAAAAAUAUGGAAGCAACAACUAUUCCAGGCAAACCAGCCCCAAUAUCAGCAACGCUCACAGCCCCCACACAGACCUUUCGAUACGAUACGAUGCCGGUAUAACGAUCUCUGAUGUGAAGGAAUUCCUCUCGCCUCGACUACCCGAGUACAUGGUUCCUACCGACCUAGAGAUAGCACAAGGGUAUGCCCGCAUUGUGGCCGGGGAUAACGAAUCUCGUCGUGUGGAAUUCGAAGACUUCGACUUCAACCUCCAACAAGGCGGAAUCGAUUCUGUCCAGAUCAUAUCUCUUUCGAUGUUUCUAGGAAGACGCUAUGGUGUUCAGGAUCCCACGGUAGAAAUACUUAGUUUGAAGCCAACAGUAAGUACAAUCGCUGUAAUUGUUGAUGUGAAUCAAAGUCAACACAAUUGUUCGGAGAACAGUCAAACGAUCAGUGUCCAAGAUGAGGUCGACGCACAAAUCAAAAGCAUCACUUUGACCUUAACCACAGGCCCUCUUCUCCUCGGAGCUCAUGAUCAUGUGAAGAAGAUGCUCAAUUCCGAUUGCGAGAUGGUUGUGUCCAAUUUGUGCCAUGAGGCCAGUGCCGGGGCUUGGGGUUCUCUAGCUAAAUACUUCAACAUCGCAAUCAAUUGGUGGUCGCCGCCUCCAGGAGACGAUCCCUAUUUGUCUCUGGAAACAUCAAAACCACUCCUGACGCCUAAGACACGAGUUGUUACUUGCAAUCACGUGUCAAACGUAGUCGGACAAUCCAUCCUAUCCGAUAAGUCGCAGAUAUGGUCCACCGUAUUCAUGGCACCAUUUUGA